AUGUAUCCUCAAUUCCUGACGAGGCAGGUUGUUAAAGAUUUGGAGGGCUACCUCACUGGAAUAAGGAAUGGAAAGGGUCCUCAAGAGAGAGCAAAAUUGUUUGCCACUGCAGGGAACAAAGGUCAUAAGGAACUCAUCUGGAAUUGCCCAAUGGGGCACUUCACAGAUUCACAACGCGACCUGGUUGCUGAUACGCUGAACCACCAUCAAGUAGACUAUGCCACAGCUGAAGAACUCUUCAAUUAUGACGUGUACCAGGUUAGUUGCAUGUGCUCAUAUGUUAAUCGGUGUAUAAACGAGUAACAGAAAAUGUGUUUUCAAAUUGUAUUUAUAUGUUGUUGCCGGAAAUAAACAAUAUGUAGUUAAUUGUAUUAUGUAGUUAAUUGUAUUAUUAAAUACCUUCUUCCUCUGUGGUGGACUGGACAGUGGUUGCGUCUGCCCUUUUCGUUAG